CUAGACCGGCUAUGGCGUCGGCCUGGGUUUGUAGUGCGGUGGUGGCAUGGGCAGAUUUCUUAUCUGCGGAGAUUGACACCUUAGAUAGGGAUGCCAUUCAAAUGACCAUAGAGCAUAUCAGAGAUGCUGCCUUGUAUAUGAGAGAUGCACAGAGAGACAUUUGUUUAUUAAGCUCCAGAAUAAAUGCUGUGUCUAUUUCUGCUAGGCGACUCCUGUGGACCUGGCAGUGGACGGGAGAUGCCGAUUCUAAGCGGCACAUGGAGUCCUUGCCGUACAAGGAGGGGAAGUUGUUUGGAGACGGCCUCUCGGACCUUGUCUCUACGGCUACGGCUGGGUUACACGGUAGUGAGGAAGACAUCCGGUAAGUUCGAGACACCCAGCAGCUGUCCCCGUGUGUCAGGAAGACUGAGCAGAACCCAGAGCCCCAUCACGGUGCCUCCACCUCACUCACUGAUACAUGAGAGACACAAUAACCAGAAGAUCCUAGAACUCACCAACAAGAUCAUUCAGCUGCUGACUGGAGAGGAGCGGGAGUAUAUAGAGGAACACAGGGGUCUGUACAAGGACAUGAUGAUGGAGAAUCACCGGCCCCUCACAUCACUGGAUGGACCCAGUAACAGAGAUACCCCAGAGAGAUGUCCCCGUCCUCUGUAUUCCCAGGACUGUACAGAGGAGAAUCACAGGACCCCACAGGAGGAUCAGGGUGAAGAUAGGAGUAAUGUGACUGAUAUGAAGGCAGAAGAUAUAGAGGGAGAAGAGGAGACGUAUGUGACUGAUAUGAAGGCAGAAGAUACAGAGGGAGAAGAAGAGACGUAUGUGACUAAUAUGAAGGCAGAAGAUACAGAGGGAGAAGAAGAGACGUAUGUGACUGAUAUGAAGGCAGAAGAUAUAGAGGGAGAAGAAGAGACGUAUGUGACUGAUAUGAAGGCAGAAGAUAUAGAGGGAGAAGAAGAGACGUAUGUGACUGAUAUGAAGGCAGAAGAUAUAGAGGUAGAAGAAGAGACAUAUGUGACUGAUAUGAAGGCAGAAGAUAUAGAGGGAGAAGAAGAGACGUAUGUGACUGAUAUGAAGGCAGAAGAUAUAGAGGGAGAAGAAGAGACGUAUGUGACUGAUAUGAAGGCAGAAGAUAUAGAGGGAGAAGAAGAGACGUAUGUGACUGAUAUAAAGGCAGAAGAUAUAGAGGGAGAAGAAGACGUAUGUGACUGAUAUGAAGGCAGAAGAUAUAGAGGGAGAAGAAGAGACGUAUGUGACUGAUAU